CAUAAAGGAGGACACAGCGGACUGCUGAGCAGUGAUAGGUUUAAUCCCGGUGGGAUCAUGGAUGAUGAAUCAUAGUUUGAGUCUCGGUCCCACAGCAGAACGAAACAUCUGCCCAAUACUUCCUAAUUUUCAGUACCGCCUCCCCCCCCAACUAAAUGAUAUCGAUGUGUGAUUUAACCAAUCAUAUCCCUACAAACGAACACUUAAAAACUAUUAUUAUUGUCUUUUUUUUCUGUUGUGUAGCUAAAACUAUGGAGUUCUUCAUAUUGUAAAUACAAGUAUAUAUAUAUGUAUAUAUGCUGUACAAAGCUGUCCAAUUCGAAACCAUUCAGGGAGAAACAACUACAUAAUAUAUACUAUUAUUUAUAAUAUAUACAUAUAUAUUGCAAAUUAUAUUUAAUAACACUGAAAUGUCGUCAUCUUGGUCAUCAGAACAAUUAAAAUUCAGCGGUGAAGAUUUUGACUAUGAUAUAGAUUAUCUACUGUUUGGAAAGUAUGAUAAACUGAAUUCUCAUCCUGUGAGCAACUGUCAUUCAGGACAAUCAUCUGUAUAUAAUAUAUCCAAUUCAAUGACGAUGAUAAUGAAUCCGCCAUUUUGUCUACCGAAUCCUCCUCAACCUUCACCUCAACAUCAUCCUCAUAAUCCCCCCGCUCAUCGUCAUUCUAUGCAUCCAGUGAAUUCAAUUCUACCUCCUAGUCAACCGAUGAUAGCGGGUGUCUGGCGAAAUACUGACCUAUGCCUUGAUAAUUUCAAUUAUACUACGGGAAGUUUAAACAUGAAUCAGUUAUGUGAGGAUGAUGUUAAUCUCUCAAGGAAUUCUGUUAAUAAUCAUAAUAAUAGUAGUGAUGGUGGUAAUAAUAAUCACAGUGAUGAGUAUCUACACGAUGACAGUGAUGUUGAGCCCAAGUUGAAUUUAAGCGAUCCGUUGAUGACAGAUAUUGCAGUUGGCGAUUUAGAUGAUAAUUCACCGAUAUCUACAAAUGAAUAUGAAAUGUUACUUAUGCCGGCAUCUUCAUCGUCGACUUCAUUAUCUCUGUCGUCAUCAUCAUCAUCGUCAAAUGGUUAUAAUGGUUGUUACAGUCAUCCGAAUUCAGUAUGCUCAACACCUACAGAAGUCGACCUGUUUAAUUCGUCUAUUCCAACAUCAUGUUCUACAAAUUAUACCAAUAUGAAUAGUAAUAAUAAUAAUAGUAAUGGUAGUAAUAACAGUAAUUUGGCGUCAACGAUGGAAUGUGGUUCCACAUCAUCUACAUCGUCUUCCUCAUCAACUAGUAGUGGUUCAUGUCGUUCAUUUCAAUCAUCAUCAACGCAACAACUUUACAAUUGUGGUAAUUCACUGAAGACAGUGAAACGGUCUGGUGACGGCGGUGAUAAGUUAUUGUAUAGAUCUACAGAUCUACCGACUACUACAAUUAGUCCUAUGAAUAAAACUCCUAGUCCUGUUGUCACUGUCGCCGCUGCUUCUUCUUCGCCUCCACUGAUUGAUGAAGCAGGGAAACAACGCAUUGAACAGUCAUCUGACGAGAAUAAUCAUACUCGUAGAAGUCAACAACCGUAUGAAGAAUGUUGUGGUGUAUUCGCCUCGAAAAGUCAUUGUUACAAUAAACCGCCGGUUUGGCAGAUGAGAUUUAAUCGAAAACAGCAGCAACACAACCAACAACAACCACAACAACAUUCUAACAAUUCUCCGUCAGUAUCAUUACUAACACGAUUUCGUCAUCAUCAUCAUCCAUCAAGUGUGAAUCAUCAAACGAUGAAACGUCGUUUCACUUCACCUUUGAAAAAAGUCACUCUUUCAAGUACCAAUCAACAGAGUAAUUCACAAAUGUUUUUUAUGAAUGCUGAUUAUUCAACACCUCCUGUAGACCGUUGUAAUUAUUCGUCGACAUCUAGUCCUAUUCCACUACAAAUGACUAAUAACCACCACCACCAACAACAACAACAGCGCCAAGGAGGAGGCGGUGAAAAUAUUCCCUUCCCUAGUCAUCAGCAUGAUUUAUCGUCUACGUAUACAUUUCAAUUAUCUCCGUCACUAUCAGAGUGUCAUUAUAAUGAAAAAGCUUUCUAUUAUAACAAUAAUACUACUACUAAUAAUAACAAUAAUAUGAGUAGUAAAUAG